GUUCGAUCCUCUUUUUUUUUUUUCCACACGAUUUCCCCAGUUUUGUGAAUCAUGGCGAUGGCCGACGAGCGUGAAUGGCGCUUCCUGCAGGCGUUCGGCGACAAGGGCAACGUUGAGGAGCUCGCUGAAGUCGAUAUCAUCUCCACGGUGGAGUUCUCACACGAUGGCGAGUUCCUUGCCACCGGCGACAAGGGCGGCCGCAUUGUGCUCUUUGAGAAGCACGAAGAUCGUGCUCGCGGCGUGCCGGAAUUCAAGUUCUACACCGAGUUCCAAAGCCACGAGCCAGAGUUUGACUAUCUCAAGUCACUCGAGAUUGAGGAAAAGAUUAACAAGAUCAAGUGGUUGCCACGACAGAACGCUGCGCACAUGCUGCUAUCGACCAACGACAAGACAAUCAAGCUGUGGAAGGUGUACGAAAAGGACAUCCAGUCCGUGUUCGACACCAACUUUGACAGCACGCCGCAAGAGAAGCGCGACCCGACGUCCAUCACCAGCUUGCGCGUCCCAAAGAUCCAGCGCGUGGAGACGGCAGUGGCUGCGGUACCACGGCGUGUGUAUGCGAACGCGCACGCGUAUCACAUCAACUCUGUCUCGAUCAACAGCGACCACGAGACCUUCCUCUCGGCAGACGAUUUGCGAAUCAACUUGUGGAACCUCUCGAUCAGCGACCAAAGUUUCAACAUGGUGGACAUCAAGCCCGCCAAUAUGGAGGAGCUGACUGAGGUCAUCACUGCAGCAGAGUUCCACCCCAGACACUGCAGCCAAUUCAUGUACUCGAGCAGCAAGGGCACGAUCAAGCUGUGCGACCAGCGCGUGUCGGCAUUGUGCGACCAGCACGCCAAGUUGUUCGAGGAGGAGGAAGAUCCCGCUAACAAGUCCUUCUUCUCUGAGAUUAUCAGCUCAAUUUCGGACGUGCGCUUCUCGAACGAGGGCCGCUACAUUGUCUCGCGAGACUACUUGACAAUCAAGAUUUGGGACGUCAACAUGGAAUCGCGCCCUGUGCAGACCUUCCACAUCCACGAGUAUCUCCGAAGCAAGCUGUGCGACCUGUACGAGAACGACUGCAUCUUUGACAAGUUUGAGUGCUCCUGGAGUGGAGACGACCAGAACAUUAUCACUGGCUCGUACCACAACAUGUUCCACAUCUUUGACGCGGCUGGCACGACCGACAUUUGCCUCGAGGCCACCAAGACCGAGAAGAAGCCCAUCAAGAUCAACACGUCCAAGAAGCAGGCAGGAGGCAAGAAGAAGGCCAAGGACGAAAUCAACCCCGAAAGCAUUGACUUCAACCGAAAAAUUCUGCACACCGCUUGGCACCCUCGCCAAAAUCUUGUCGCUGUUGCCGCCACCAACAAUCUCUUCCUGUAUGCUCAGUAUUAAGGACCUCCCAAGAGAGACGAACAAUCGAGCGAGGAUUGUUCGACUCUUUUGCUUUUUUCUUUUUUUUUUCUCCACCUUUUUCUCCCCCAUCUUUUCAAUCCUUGGCGGUCGAGUUCCAGCUGUACGCGUUUUGCAUCCCGUGUUCUGGGUCGUUUCCCUAGCGUCAAACAGCCUUGUACAAUUUCGCCUCUGGCCGCUUUGAUUUUUCUUGUGCUUUCUCCUGUUUCCCCCGCCUCCUUUCCCCCGUCCCCCUUUUUUUGUCAUUCUCCCUGUUUUGUGCUUUUGGUUUGUUACGCGCUCCACGGAUCCGUUGCAAGCUCGUUGUACGCGGACAUGAGCGCAAGCACCAAAGUACCCCGAAUUGUUAUUCAUCCUGCAGAGUCAAGCUCCUGAGCCAACCGUGUUAUUGCCCACCCCACCCCACCUGCUUUUCCCAUUUUUUCUUCCGCUCAGCAGCGCCAAUUGACUUUUUGCGUGCUGUUUUGUGAUGCCCCCCUCCCCUGGUCUUCCGCUUGUUUGGUUGUGUCCUGCUGUUUCGUUGAUGGCUACUUCUCAUCUUGUCUUCUCCCUCUCUCUCUCUCUUCUCUCUUUAUCUUUCUAUCUUUCUCUCCAACGCUUGUAUUUCGAUUUGUCUCUGUUGUGAGUCGCCAUCUCGUCUGUUUUGUUCCAGUCCAUCGUUGACGGUCGUGUCACUGCGUUUUCCAUCCUUUUGUUUUUGCAUGCUUGAUGACACACAAAUGUAACUCUUCUCAACACUCCAUUGACGCG